AUGGCUACUGUGCCGCCUGUCCCCGAAACAAGAGUUCUGGCUGUGGCCAGCCAUGUACGAACCACCCUCCAAUAUGUAGGGAAUAAGGUCGCUGUUUUCGUUCUCCAGUCUAUGGGCUGUGACGUGGCUGCCCUCAAUACCGUCCAAUUCAGCAACCACACUGGAUACAAACAAUGGAAAGGCUCCAGAGUUACAGCCCAGGAGAUUGAAGAUCUCUAUGAGGGCUUGAAGCAGUCAUAUCUUGACGACUUUGACAUGAUGCUGUCAGGGUAUAUCCCGGGCGCCGAGGCAGUCACCGCUGUUGGGAAAAUUGCCAAGGAGCUCAAAGAGAAGACCAAGGAAACCCCAGGCAAGUUCUUCUGGGUCCUGGACCCGGUCAUGGGCGACAAUGGCCGAAUAUACGUUGCCGAGGACGUUGUUCCAGCCUACAAGUCUCUUCUGUCUUCCGCAGAUCUCAUUCUUCCAAACCAGUUCGAGGCAGAGUUAUUGUCAGGCAUCCAAAUCAAGGACAUGGAAAGCCUCACUCACGCCAUCCAGGUCCUCCAUGAUACACAUCGCAUCCCUCAUAUCGUCAUUACUUCGGUGAACCUAUCCGCACCAGACCACCCAGACUCGCACUUAUCUGUGGUUGGUUCUAGCAUGACCUCCACCGGAAAGGCUCGCCUCUUCAAAAUCGUCUUCCCUGCCAUAGACUGUUACUUUAGCGGCACUGGAGACAUGUUUGGCGCACUCAUAGUCACUCGCAUGCGCGAGGCUGUAUCUCAGGUACCGGGUCUCGGAGACAAACCAAAUUGGCUCAGCGACGAUAACACUCCAACUCUCGAGCUGCCUCUGGCCCGUGCUGCUGAGAAAGUCCUCGCCAGCAUGCAUGAAUUGCUAUCCAAAACGAGCCAGGGGAUGACGGCUAUCGUAGAACGCACGCGGCACGACAUGACGGAGGCGGAGAAAGCAGACCAGAAGAAGUUGCAGCUUGUCAAGAGCAAGGGCGCAGAGCUACAGCUAGUGAGAAAUCUCGACUGCCUAAGGAAUCCGGCCAUCGAAUUUCGAGCGAAGGAGAUGUAG